AUGGAUCUCGAUAAACCUUCCGUGUGGGGUUCAUUCAAACAGCGGACCAGGCCGCUGUUAAUCAACUUGAGCAAGAAGAAGGUGAAAAAGAACCCAAAUAAACCCCCGAACUUAAGGGAAGGGAACCACCUGGACCGCCGCCUCAGCCUCUCGGUGCCUGACCUCCUGGAGGCCGAGGCCCUGGCCCCCGAGGGUCGCCCUUACUCCGGACCCCAGUCCUCCUACACCUCGGUGCCCAGCAGCCUGUCCACAGCAGGCAUCAUUCCCAAGAGUAGCAGUAGCUCUUUGAAACAGUCUGAAGAAGAAUUGGAUUGGAGCCAGGAAGAAGCCAGCCACCUCCACGUGGUGGAAACGGACUCAGAAGAGAUCUUCGUCUCUCCCGCUGAGGAGAGGCAGGUGGCCGGGCACUGCGGCAUCUUCGAUCCUCACAAAACUCCCCUGGGAGGGGAUGCCUCGGAAGAGCCAGAGAAGCUAUGUGGCAGUGCUGACCUGAACGCCUCCAUGACAUCUCAGCAUUUUGAAGAACAAUCAACUCCUGGGGAAGGGGGUGAUGGUUUGAGUCGCCUCCCCAGCUCUUUUGCCUACCUGCUCACCAUACACCUGAAGGAAGGCCGGAACCUGGUGGUGCGAGAUCGCUGUGGUACAAGUGACCCCUAUGUGAAAUUUAAGCUGAAUGGGAAGACGCUAUACAAAAGUAAAGUCAUCUAUAAGAACUUGAACCCAGUUUGGGAUGAGAUAGUUGUACUACCAAUACAAAGCCUCGAUCAGAAGCUGCGUGUGAAGGUAUAUGAUCGGGAUUUAACCACAUCUGACUUCAUGGGUUCUGCGUUUAUCCUUCUCAGUGAUCUUGAGCUUAACAGAACAACUGAACGUAUUUUAAAAUUGGAAGAUCCAAACAGUUUGGAAGAUGACAUGGGAGUGAUUGUCUUAAAGUUGAACCUCGUAGUAAAACAGGGUGAUUUCAAGAGACACCGUUGGUCAAAUCGGAAGCGGUUAAGUGCCAGUAAGUCCUCUUUGAUACGUAACCUACGACUCUCAGAGUCCUUGAGGAAGAACCAACUGUGGAACGGGAUUAUCAGUAUAACUUUGUUAGAAGGGAAGAAUGUCUCAGGAGGAAACGUGACAGAGAUAUUUGUCCAGUUAAAACUGGGAGAUCAGAGAUAUAAAAGUAAGACACUGUGUAAGAGUGCAAACCCGCAGUGGCAGGAACAGUUUGACUUUCACUACUUCUCUGACAGGAUGGGCAUUUUGGAUAUUGAAGUGUGGGGGAAGGACAGCAAAAAGCGCGAGGAGCGUCUGGGCACGUGUAAAGUGGAUAUCUCGGCGCUCCCUCUGAAGCAAGCCAACUGCUUGGAGCUGCCCUUAGAGAGCUGUCUGGGGGCUCUCCUGAUGUUGGUCACACUUACGCCCUGCGCAGGAGUCUCCGUCUCUGAUCUGUGUGUCUGCCCCUUAGCAGACCCCAGCGAAAGAAAGCAGAUUUCCCAGCGAUAUUGCUUACAGAACUCCCUGAAAGACAUGAAGGACGUCGGCAUUUUACAAGUGAAGGUUUUAAAGGCGGUCGAUCUCUUAGCUGCGGAUUUUUCAGGGAAGAGCGAUCCUUUUUGCUUGUUGGAGUUAGGCAACGACCGACUUCAGACACAUACUGUUUACAAGAACCUCAACCCUGAAUGGAACAAAGUUUUUACAUUUCCCAUUAAAGAUGUCCAUGAUGUUUUGGAAGUGACAGUGUUUGAUGAAGAUGGAGAUAAACCCCCCGAUUUUCUUGGGAAAGUCGCCAUUCCCUUGCUCUCCAUUAAAGAUGGGCAAACAAAUUGUUACGUACUGAAGAAUAAAGAUUUAGAACAAGCUUUUAAAGGAGUUAUUUACUUAGAGAUGGAUCUCAUAUAUAAUCCGGUCAAAGCAAGUAUCAGGACUUUUACUCCCAGAGAAAAGCGCUUUGUUGAAGACAGCCGCAAGCUGUCCAAAAAGAUCUUAUCCAGAGAUGUAGACCGAGUGAAAAGACUCACCAUGGCAAUAUGGAAUACAAUCCAAUUCAUUAAAAGCUGCUUCCAGUGGGAAUCCACGUUAAGAAGUACAAUAGCGUUUGUGGUAUUUCUGGUCACCGUCUGGAAUUUUGAGCUAUACAUGAUCCCCUUGGCAUUAUUACUGCUCUUUAUCUACAAUUUCAUCAGACCCACCAGAGGCAAGGUCAGCUGCGUGCAGGACAACCAGGAAAGCACAGACGUAGAUGACGAAGAGGAUGAGGAUGACAAGGAAUCAGAGAAAAAGGGAUUAAUUGAGAGAAUCUAUAUGGUACAGGAUAUUGUUUCAACCGUUCAAAACAUCUUGGAGGAAGUAGCUUCUUUUGGAGAAAGAAUUAAAAACACCUUUAACUGGACCGUCCCCUUCCUUUCUUCGCUGGCCUGUUUGAUUCUGGCAGCGGCCACCGUCACUCUGUACUUCAUUCCACUGCGGUACAUCAUUUUAAUCUGGGGAAUAAAUAAAUUUACUAAGAAGCUUCGAAAUCCCUAUUCCAUUGACAAUAAUGAGCUACUAGACUUCCUCUCCAGGGCACCGUCUGAUGUUCAAAAGGUGCAGUACUCGGAGCUGAAAGUCUGCAGCAGCCACAGCCCCGUGCGGAAGAAGCGCAGCGCUCCCUAGGGCACGCACCGACUCCGGCACCGCACCCGAUAUGUGUUUGGUUGAUGAGACCAAUGUUAGGGUUGUGCAGCGGUACCCGCAGUGUCCUUCUGAGAGGCGUGCUGCAGGGCCCCCUCUCUGGAGCCUACCCCCAUCUUUCCCAUGCACAGACGCACGUAUGUGUGAGCGCACAUCCCGUGCGUGGGCGUCCCACUUGCACAGAGGAUCAGCCCUGCAAAAAAAAAAAAAAAAAUCAAUCCUGCAACUGGGAAGAGCGAGCAUUCACAUGACAUAGGAGGUGAAGCAGGGUCGCCAUGGGUCUGAACAUCCUCCUUGAGAACAGCCAGGUGCCGCCUUGGUUUCCGGAGUGACUUUGAACUUGUUCUCACACCUCCAGCAGAUUCUCAGUAAAAUGCAGGUAUUUCCACUCCCCACCCUCACACUCCUUUCAGAUGACUAUUCACCUGAGUAAGUUUCUUCUGAGUGAACAAGUCUGUGACAGCCAUCAUCUGCCCAAAUGAUGUAUAUCGUAAAGAGAUAUUUUAAUAAUUACCAAAAUUAUCCCAAAUCUUUAGGAGCAUUUCACCUGUGGUUAUUAGGGAUGUUCAUGCACUUUUUUGAUGAAGCCCUCGGUGCUGGAUGCCAGCCUGUGUCAUGGCCAUUGCUGGCAGUGGCUGCCCCAGGAGGGUCUCCAGGGAUCGCACACUCAAAGAGUGUGUAUUUCAUGAAAGCCUUUGGUUGCCUUCAAAUGUCCUUCCUUCUGAUUUUAGUUUUUGCUUAUUUCCAGAAUAAAAUGUCAACAUGUACUUUUGGAAAGGCCAGGAAGGGGAUGAAUGAAUCAAUUCUCUUAAGUGUUUUGAAAGAUGAAGGACCUGAAGACCAAGGGUCUAAUAAAUGAAGCUGCUUACCCAGUUAUCAUAAGCAUUUCAUUUCCCUGAAUGUUUUGAGCAGAUAGUAAGGAUCCUUUGGCCAUCUAAAUCACAAGGAGCUACAUACAAUCACUGUUAUUUCAGAAUCUUAUUCCUAGACAAAAGCACCACCCCAAAGUUCUCCUUUGAUGCCACCGGUCUCCUGCACACCCCACUAUUCCAGCGUACUCCCUGCCAAGUAAAAACACCCUGAUUUUAUACAUAUACAAAAUAUGUACAAAUAUCUGUCCAUUCAAGUGAUAUUUAAGUUUCAAAGACUGUAUUUUGUCGACACAUACUUUGUGCAGUUUAUAUAUAUGUGUAUUAUAAAGGAAAGUUAAGGUAAAAAAGAUCUGAUUUAAGAGUUUACUAUUUUUUUUUGUCUCUGGGUUGUAAUUUAAUAAUUUUCAAACAAAAUGUUUAUGGAAAAUGCCAAAGAUUCUAAACCUUAUCAUCCCGUGUCUGUUUUUCUUCAUGUUGUAUCUCCCUGGGUUGCUUUCUGGCUGAGCCAGAUUUCUGCAUGAUUUGAUUUACUUCAAGUUAAUGAAGCUGACUGGAAAAGAGCCUUGCAGAAAUUAUAAAAGCUCCAGUAAAUCUCUUAGUUGUACAUACAAUAGAUACCCAAGAACCUCUUUUGUUAAACCAGUUACUCAAUCUUCUGUGUAAACAAUGCCUCAUUGUCUUGGUCCUAAGCAUCACGUAGUUUAUCAUAGUCUGUCAUUUUGUAACGACCUAACUCAGACAUUUUUAAACAGACAUGUGAGAUCUGAUCAGUCAUUUGAAUGAAAACUUCCAGCAGCAAAAUAACCCCUUAUUUAUUUAAAAGUGGAACCAAUACUUUAUUGUUGUUCUUUUGCUAUAGAAUUUCAGAAUGAAAUAAUUUGCCUGAAGAGGCCGGCAUCAUUAGAUAGACUUAUUUCUUCUGUAGCUGGGAUGGAAAUUCUCAGCACACUAAGUUUAGGACCCAAACACCAGCUGGGGUAUAAGAAUGGAACCGAAUCAACCUUUAAUAAACUGUAUGUAUAAAACAAUUGUUAAUCGAUUAAGUAGACCUUGGAUGUUAAAAAGACAUGUUAGUUGUAAGUGACAUAUUAAGAUUUAUGCAAGUAAUCAGGAACUUUUAGGAAAGAUUCCAGAAUGCUUUAGAUAAAAUUUAUGGAUUAUGGACUCACAGUAUGAUAAUUAAAGAUAAUUAAGUAGGAAUGUUGAAGUUUUGCCAAGGUUUCCUGGCUCUCUUCUCAAACCUCAUAUGCCCAUCGCUAGCCCUGCCUGGAUAUCUUACAGGCACCUACACUCAGAGGAUCAGAAACUAAACAUCUCUUUCUCCCGGUCUUCAGAACCCCAACUGCCAUAAUCUCCUUCCAGCUUUCUUAUUUGGCAUGGGCAUGUUCUGGGCCAGCACCCUGUUAUCAUCAUCUUUUUUGUUCCUUAUCGUUUUGUCCUCAUCUCCCAACCCAUAAACUCUAGUACAGUCUCAUACUUGUGGGAUGUUAUCUGCUUCUCUUGUGCUAUCUGUGUGCAAUCUAUUCUGAUUGCCACCACCCAAGUUGAGGCCUCUUAAAAGUCAUGGCCAUGGUGCCCGUUGCCUUAUGCCAAGUUAAUACUCAUUCAGACUUUUCACUUUGAAUUAGCUCUCCCUAAUUUCUGCCCAAAUAAAUUCUACACUCCUUCAAAACAUUCUAGUCUCUUGCCCUAAAGAGGCUCGGUUGGUCUUUUGAGUGAAUUUGGUUCCACCUUCCUCUCUUGCACCCUCACAUCUUACAUAUUCUGACGCCUGCAAUAUUCUGCAAUAGGUGAUAAGAGGCCUUCAUCACUGUCCUCCCCUGGAUGGCCCAUCCUAACUGGCACCUAAUAGAUACUCAGGAAAUACAUGUUUAACAGUGUCAUACAUGAUUUGUGUUUCUCUGCCUUUUUGGAUACUGCUGUCAGAACAGAAGGCUGAACUGGACAGACUAGUGAGGUCUAUCUUAGGGAAUAAUUUCUUUCAUGAAGAGCUUAUUUUGUGUAUUAUUUAUAAUUCAUGGAUAUAAAAAAUAAUGUCUUAAAUUUGGAGAGGUUUAUACCUAUGUGUCAAAGGAAAAUAUGUUUAUUUUCUUCCCUUGGGUGGUGAAAUAAUGUUUUGAUUCCUUUUUCUUAUAAUUUGUCAUUCAGCAAACACGUAUGCUGAUAAUAUAGUUGAGCAAAAUGGACUAUCUUCCCUCGGUAGAGCUGAACACAUUCAGGCGAUGGCACGAUGUGCUCGGAUUCAAGUUUGAAAAAGAUCAUUCUAGCUGCAGUGGCUAGACUAGCAAUUAUGAAUGUUCAGAGAAGAAUUAUAAACCGCUUAUAGUAUUCCUAAUAAAUGGUAUCCUGCACUUUCAAAUAGUGACACUGAAAAAGAAUGUGUUCCAUGAAAUUGGGAGAUAGGAGAUAAAUUGAGUAGGACUUGACUCUUCCUUCACUAAGGGGGACGAGGGAGAGAGCAGAGUCAAGGAUGGGUCCGUCUUCCUAUUGCCAGUCUAGGAAGAUGUGUUUCCUUUUGCUGAAGGAGAGAACUCUAAGAGCACCCAUGGGAGGAAUGACAUGUGCCCAGUUUUAGUGCUGAAUCUGAGGUUUCUGAAGAGUCUCCAAAUGGAAAUACCAAAGAGGUAGUAGAAUUACAGAUAUGGUUCUUAGAGAAGAAAUACACUGUACUUUAGAUAUAGGUACGUAUACAUUUCAAGACAAACAUUGCGUAGAAAAGUAAUUGAACCUUGAACUUAACACUCAAAGUUAUGUAAAUGAGUUGGUUAAGAAUGUUAAUAGAAACAGGAGUUACUAGAGAGGAGAAAACCAGUAAGUAAGUCUGUGCUGUACCAGAAUUCAAGGACAGAGCACGUUUUAAGAAAGCAGGUGUGGUCAAUAUUGUCAAAUCCUAGCUUGGCGCCCAGUGGUUAUGAUGCCAACCACAUGCAGUAAGGGUUGUGGGUUCAAAC